ACAUCAACAGCUCGCUCGACUGGCAGACUGCAAACGAGACGUCGUCGGACACGGAAUUUUGCUCUUCGAGUCUUGAGUGCUAUCGCCUGCUGGAAGGAGAAAGUCUGGCUCCCGUUUGAAACAGAGGGUUUUCCCCAGUAAUUCACGUGCAAUUCCGGACAUUCUGGCCGGGAAGGGAUUUCCGGCUCCGUGCGCUUCGCUGGUGUGAGAAAGAUUGUGAAACGAUUCGGGCUUGAGAGUGGUGGGAUCAGAUCUGAGUCAAGGACGAAUAAUACAGCCAGUGUGUUUAAAAGGAGAAGUUGCCACACAAGAGGACAAUCAUGAACAUACCGAACCAAUAUCUGGAGAAGACUGAAGACGUUGCGGACCAGGUGAUCCGCAAGGGUAAGCACGUCCUGCCACAUGUGGCCCGGCUCUGUCUGAUUGCGACCUUCCUCGAGGAUGGCAUCCGGAUGUGGGUCCAGUGGAACGAACAGCGCGAAUACAUGGACAUGAGCUGGGGCUGUGGCAAGUUCCUCGCGACGGUGUUUGUGCUUAUCAACCUGGUAGGGCAGAUCGGAGGCUGCGUGAUGGUGCUGGGCCGGCUAAAGGUGACCAUCGCUUGCGGCAUCCUGUUCUUCAUCGUCGUACUGCAGACCAUCGCCUACUCGAUCCUGUGGGACAUCCAGUUCCUGUUGCGAAACCUGGCUCUGAUCGGUGCCCUGCUCCUGGUGUUGGCCGAAUCUCGCGGGGAAGCCCGUAGUCUGUUUGCCGGCGUGCCAUCGCUCGGCGAGAACAAACCGAAGAACUUCAUGCAGCUGGCCGGACGCAUCCUGCUCGCGUUCAUGUUCAUCACGCUGAUCCGGUUCGAGUUAAGCUUCCUGCAGGUGCUCCAGGACAUCGUCGGAUCGAUCCUGAUGGUCCUGGUGGUGAUCGGCUACAAGACGAAACUGUCCGCCCUGAUCCUGGUGGCGCUGCUGACCGUGCUCAAUCUCUACCACAACGCCUGGUGGUCCAUUCCGGCCUACAAACCGCUGCGGGACUUCCUGAAGUAUGACUUCUUCCAGACGCUGUCCGUGAUCGGUGGACUGCUCAUGAUCGUCUCGCUCGGACCCGGCGGUGUCUCGAUGGACGAACACAAAAAGAAGUGGUAAAGCAAGAGCCAGAAACGAUGAUCCGUCUAUCCAUCCCCCGCCUCAUUGCACCGGCAAAUCGUUGAUAUUCGUUCCGUCAUCGUGUGAGAGACAGAGAAAGCUAGAGAACACUGAAACACUAUAAGAGAGAGAGCGAGAGACAGCGCGAACGAAACAUUUUUUUGAUUUGAUAGGAUUUUUUAAUAUAAAAAAAUAUUUUAUUGAAAUUUUGUAUCGAUUCAUCCAUCACACACACGUCGAACGAAAUCAUCCGGAAAGAGAGGACACGCAGACAACAGCACCACCUAAACGGAAGAACCAUCGACUUUGUGAUAGAUAGACACGAGACAGAGAGAGAAAGAGAGCGAGAGACACUUCCAUCGAAUGCAUGCUAAAAGCGCUGCGCCAGAUCCAAGACUACAGACUAUUCCCGAACACUUGAUGAACGUUGAGUUUUCUGCAAUUUCGUAUUAUGGCCACUAGGUGGGAACAUUUAUUUUCUGUUUGUUCCGUUGAGAAAAAGAAAACUGUGCAUGAUGAAAAAGAACAAACCAACUAUAAUUAUUAAGAGAAGGGAAAAGAAAAGUAUAUUAACUAAAUAAAGCCACAAACUGAUUAGAUUUUUACCUUAUACAACAAAAAACCCGAACCGGCUCUCUGUGUCUUUCAAUGGUUUUUUCAGUUCCACAUUUUUUGCGUCCAACGAACAUUUGCCUUCUCUCUUACUCGCGGGGACCCGGUUUCAGAAACCGGGGGUUUCGCAGGUCCUAGGAAAAGUGCAUUCCCUCCCAAUCAAAUUCAUACGUCGUACUUUGAAGGAGUCUUCAGGUGUGUCGGUCGGGAUUAGGCCGAACCACUUGGAAACUUUAGUUAGUUACUAUAAUCAUCAACUAGCAGUAAAUAGUUAACGUUGCAGAUUAUUAUAAAUAUGAAAAUUCAGCUUAAUUAUUGCGAUUAGGUAUGUUGUAUACUAUACUAGCUGAACCGCACAUGAAUGAUGAUGCCAAUAAAUCUUUUAUGUCCAUAUGUCACAACAUUCG